GGUGAGUCGCCGGAAAAAUGUGUAUUUCUUCUCUCCAUUGAGUUUUUCUACGGCGGAUUCUGUAAAAAUCCUAGAUUUCAAGCGAAUGACUUUUUCUGGGAUUGAAGAACAUUGUGAGUCGAGGAGUGGAGUGAAGAUUCUUCUCUGAUGAGUGAAUCAGAAGAAGACGAAGAAGAAGAAGCUAGUGAAGUCAUUUUAAGCAGAAACGUCGUUGAGAAGAAGAAGAAGAAGAAUCUGCGUUUUGGUGAAGAGGAGGAAGAAGAGAGACGAGACGGUUUGGUGUUGUUAGCUCAAUCUACUCAAAUGGUGAGAUCGAGAUCUCAAGGAACGACUCGGCGCGUGACUCCCACGCCUUUACUGGAUGUUGAGAAGCCGCUACCGAACGGAGAUCUCUACAUCGGAAGCUUCUCCGGCGGGUUUCCACAUGGAUCCGGGAAGUAUCUAUGGAAAGAUGGGUGCAUGUAUGAAGGUGACUGGAAACGAGGUAAAGCUUCAGGGAAAGGGAAAUUCUCAUGGCCAAGUGGAGCUACUUACGAAGGUGAAUUCAAAUCUGGGAGAAUGGAAGGUUUUGGUACUUUCACUGGAGCUGAUGGAGAUACUUAUAGGGGUACUUGGGUUGCUGAUAGGAAACAUGGUCAUGGACAAAAGCGUUAUGCAAAUGGAGAUUUCUAUGAAGGUACUUGGAGAAGGAAUCUACAAGAUGGUAGAGGUAGGUAUGUUUGGAGAAAUGGGAAUCAGUAUACUGGAGAGUGGCGUAGCGGUGUGAUUUCUGGGAAAGGUUUACUUGUUUGGCCUAAUGGGAAUCGAUAUGAGGGUUUGUGGGAGAAUGGGAUUCCUAAAGGAAGUGGUGUGUUUACUUGGAAUGAUGGAAGUUCUUGUGUUGGUGCUUGGAAUGAGAGUAAGAUUAUGAGGAGUUUUUUUAAUGGUGUUGAGAAGAAUGAUUUGAUUGUGGGGAAUAGGAAGAGAUCUUCUGUUGAUAGUGGAGCUGGGAGUUUGGGAGGUGAGAAAGUUUUUCCAAGAAUCUGUAUUUGGGAAUCUGAUGGUGAAGCUGGGGAUAUCACUUGUGAUAUUAUUGAUAAUGUUGAAGCUUCUAUGAUUUAUAGAGAUAGGAUCUCUGUGGAUCGUGAUGGGUUUAGGCAGUUUAAGAAGAAUCCUUGUUGGUUUGAUGGUGAGGCUAAGAAACCUGGAGAGACUAUAUCUAAAGGUCAUAAGAAAUAUGAUUUGAUGCUGAAUUUGCAAUUGGGAAUCAGGUAUUCUGUCGGCAAACAUGCUUCGAUUGUUCGUGAUCUUAAACAGAAUGAUUUUGAUCCAAAGGAGAAAUUUUGGACAAGGUUUCCACCGGAAGGGACUAAGACCACACCGCCGCAUCAGUCAGUGGAUUUCCGGUGGAAGGAUUAUUGCCCUUUGGUGUUCAGACGUCUCAGGGAGCUUUUCCAAGUGGAUCCAGCUGAGUAUAUGUUAGCUAUAUGUGGAAAUGAUGCUCUCCGCGAACUAUCUUCACCUGGAAAGAGUGGAAGCUUUUUUUACCUAACUCAAGAUGAUAGAUUUAUGAUCAAAACGGUGAAGAAAUCAGAAGUCAAGGUUCUUCUAAGAAUGCUUCCAAGUUACUACAAACAUGUCUGCCAAUACGAAAACUCCCUUGUGACUAGAUUCUACGGUGUUCAUUGUGUCAAACCUGUUGGUGGCCAAAAGACUCGGUUUAUCGUCAUGGGCAACUUAUUCUGCUCCGAGUAUAGAAUCCAGAGACGGUUUGACCUCAAAGGGUCUUCUCAUGGACGUAGUACUGCAAAGCCUGAAGGAGAAAUUGAUGAGACCACGACUCUCAAGGACCUUGAUCUCAAUUUUGCUUUCCGUCUUCAGAGAAACUGGUAUCAAGAGCUUAUGAAGCAAAUAAAACGCGACUGUGAGUUCUUGGAAGCCGAGAGGAUAAUGGAUUAUAGCCUUUUAGUUGGUGUUCACUUCCGUGAUGACAACACAGGAGAAAAGAUGGGGCUUUCUCCAUUCGUUUUGAGAUCUGGUAGGAUAGAUUCUUAUCAGAAUGAGAAAUUCAUGCGCGGUUGUCGCUUCCUAGAGGCUGAACUUCAAGACAUGGACCGGAUUUUAGCUGGCAGGAAACCAUCUAUCAGAUUAGGCGCAAACAUGCCAGCAAGAGCUGAACGAAUGGCCCGGAGAAGCGAUUUCGAUCAGUAUUCAUCAGGAGGAGCGUCUUAUCCAUCUCACGGUGAGAUGUACGAAGUGGUUCUCUACUUUGGAGUCAUUGACAUUUUGCAAGACUACGACAUAACCAAAAAGAUCGAGCAUGCGUAUAAGUCACUACAAGCCGAUCCUGCUUCAAUCUCAGCUGUUGAUCCUAAGCUCUAUUCAAAGAGGUUCAGAGACUUCAUCAGUAGGAUCUUCAUUGAAGACGGCUAAAGAUAAAGAAGGCUAAGAAUU